GUUAAAAUCCGCCAAAAUCUCUGCCGCCCCGACCCGAUAAGUUGAUAUUUCCUCUCUUCAAAAGUCGUGAAAUUUCAGAAUUUUCGCUCGCCAAACCCUCGUAGUGAAUGGAAGGAGAAGCAGCAAUGGAUUUCGACGAAGAGGCUCCACUCGUCCAAGCAUUUAAGCGAAAGAGAAAACCGAUCCCGAAGAAGAAAGAACAGCAGGCCCGGCCAGGCAAGCCACCCGAUGUACCCCGCGGUCCUGACUCCGUCCAAUUGCCUGCCGACGCUCAACACCUCACCACUAACGCUCCACCUGAGAUUGCAGUUUCUGAGUUCGAUUACUCCGUUGAGAAUCACUUCAAAGCGGUGGAUACGAUAGCCAAACUGUGUGGGUACCCGGAAACACUUGAUGUCAAUCAACCUGAACUUAAGCGAUUGUCCGGUUCUAUAACUUUCUUGAGAGAAUGGAGGGAUUUUAAAUAUACACCUCGAGUUGUGAGGUUUGCUUAUCAACAUAAUUCGAAGGAGAAAGAUGUAAUAGGUGAGGUUACAUUACCUCAAUUUUCAGCUGCAUCUGUUCCGAAGAAGGAGACACAAAAUGGGAGCGAAGACGAUACAGAAUCUAGCAUCAAAGACUUCAUAAUGCAUGCUGGCGGUGCAGUCUGGGCAUUAGACUGGUGUCCUUUUCAUUGCAAUACUGAGAAUCACAUUAAGUCUGAGGUAUUCCACCAAUUUGUCGCUGUUGCUGCCCAUCCCCCUGAAUCUUCAUAUCACAAAAUUGGUGCCCCUUUAACUGGCAGAGGGGUCGUCCAGAUAUGGUGUUUGUUAACUGUCUCUAUGAACGAAGAAGUACCUUCUCAGAGGAAUAAAAGGUCAAGACAAAUUUCCAAGAAAAAGGAACCAGUUAAGGCCAACGAGCCAACUAAACCAAAGAGGCCAAGAGGGAGACCAAGGAAGAGACCUCUUGAUGAGUCUGUAGAGAAGAUAGAUAAUUAUAGUGAUAAUGUGCAACCUGUUGCUAUCGAAUACCCUACGGGCACGUCUACAUUGCAUCCUUCGGAUACUGUUGGAACUGCCAGUGAACAUGUUCAUGAUGAAGACUAUGUAAGAACACAUAAGGAUUCUAAUUGUUUGGACCAUCCAAAUGCAUUAAUGUUGGCUAGUCCUGAAGGCAGGGGAAAUAAAGCGAAGGCACAGAAAGAAGACCAUGUACAUAAUAACGGUUUGCAUGUUCUCAGGCAAUGUGACCAUGGAGAAUCUACUCUUGUCAAUCAACCAGCAUGUGCAGGAGCUGACAAGAAUGUAACUUGCAAUAAUUCUUGUGAUCCUAGUAAUUCUAAGAUAUCCAUUCCCUUGAAUGUUGCAUUGCCUAGAAUGAUACUAUGUUUAGCUCACAAUGGAAAGGUCGUGUGGGAUCUAAAGUGGCAGCCAGUACAUGCUUCUGACCCUGAAUCCAUGAUAAUUAUGGGUUAUCUUGCUGUCUUGCUUGGAAAUGGUGCUCUAGAAGUGUGGGAGGUCCCUCUUCCCCAUACAGUGAGAUUUGUAUUUCCUGCUUGCCAGGAGCGUAUUGAUCCUCGCUUCAUCAAAUUGCGACCAGUAUUCAGGUGUUCAAUGUUGAAGUGUGGUGAUAGGCAAAGUAUUCCCCUAACGCUGGAGUGGUCUGUGUCAUCUCCCCAUGAUAUGAUUUUGGCUGGAUGUCAUGAUGGAGUGGUUGCUUUAUGGAAGUUUUCAGUUACUGAUCCAUUAACAGAAACAAGGCCUCUGCUUUCCUUCAGUGCAGAUACAGGUCCUGUUAGAUCACUGGCCUGGGCACCAGUUCAAGGCGAACUUGAGAGUGCAAAUGUUAUCAUCACCACAGGUCCUAAAGGCUUUAAGGUUUGGGACAUACGGGAUCCAUUCCGUCCGUUGUGGGACCAUCAUAUUCCAGGAGUCACUUAUGGUCUGGAGUGGCUGCCAGAUCCAAGAUGUGUCUUUGGGUCCAUAGAUGAUGGAACAUUGUGGUUACUCAGCUUAGAGAGGGCAGCUCAUGACAUUCCAGUUACUGGAAAAUCUAUCACUGCAGCACCGAAGCAUGGGUUCCAUAGUUUUGACUGUUCCUCAUUCUCGAUAUGGUGUAUUCAUGCUUCGCGGCUGACAGGCAUGGUUGCAUAUUGUGGUGAAGAAGGAACAACCUUUUGCUUCCAGCCAACAACUAGAUCAGUGAGAGACCCUUCACGAAAUCGUCUGCAUCAUUAUCUUUGUGGAUCUCUAUUGGAAGAAGAAACUGCUCUUAUUGUAGCCAGUCCUUCGACAAGUAGUUUCCUCCAAAAAAGAUCACCGGGCAUGAAGCGGUCUGGAGGAGCGAAAGACCAAGAGAAAAGAGUGAAGGAACAAAUGGCUAAAAGUGUAACAUGUAAUGAGCCGCCAACUCCAGCAAUAUGUUGGAGUGAUCAUGUUGAAGAGCAUGGAUCUGAUAAGUCAUCCAUGGUGAUAAAGAAACAAGCAUCAAAACCAAAAGAGAGCAGUAAGACCCAGUCACAAGCCAAUCAAGAGACUGUGCUAUGUAGAAGUGAAGAUGCAGGACAACUCCAAAGGGAAGGAAGUGGUAAAGAGGAGAAAGGUGAUACGGUUGAAGUUUUCCCUCCAAAGAUUGUGGCAAUGCAUAGAGUGAGAUGGAAUGUCAACAAAGGCAGAGAGAAGUGGCUUUGCUAUGGAGGGGCUGCUGGCUUGGUACGCUGUCAGGAGGUUGAUUUUUCUGUUCUCAAAUAGUUUACAUGGUCGUCACAUGGAGAUGCAUUUAUUGUACUAUAGUCUCGAGAUGUAGGAGGUUUAUUUAUGAAUAGAGAAAUGAGUACCUGUAUGUGACUUAGCUAAAUUAUUAAUCUUGUAUCUACGUAAAUAUAAGCUAUCAAAUGUGUAAAUUUGUUUUCGAGUAACGAAGUCUAGCUCUCGAAUAAAGUUAAUUAAAAAAAAGAUA